CAUAAGUUGCUUUUCAACCUCCGAGCGUGAAAUCAGAGCAGCCGUCGAGCUUUACAGGUCGAACGACGACAGAGUGAUGCAGGGAGCCGCAGCCGACGGAGAGGCGGUGGACUUCGAGCCUGAGGACGAUGACUUGAUGGACGAAGAUGGCGGCGCCGACGCCGACGCCUCUGCAUCUCCCCAUGCUCCUCCUCUCCCGAAGCUCAAAUCAGCCAUCACUGGUGGCGCUACUUCCUCACUUGCCGGCCCUAAGAAAACCAAAGGCCGGGGCUUUCGUCAGGAAACCGAUGCCAAUCGUAACACCGGCCUUUCUGGGUCCGAUUUCGACUCCCUCGCCGCCGAGGGUGGGCCCGGUCCUCAGCGAUCCAUUGAAGGAUGGAUUAUAUUGGUCACGGGAGUGCAUGAGGAAGCACAGGAGGAUGAUCUCCAAAAUGCAUUUGGUGAAUAUGGAGAGAUUAAAAAUCUACAUUUGAAUCUUGACCGUCGCACUGGAUUUGUGAAAGGUUAUGCACUGAUUGAAUAUGAGCACGCUGAAGAAGCCCGGAAUGCAAUAGAGAAUUUGAAUGGAUCUGAGCUUCUUACUCAAACCAUUUAUGUGGACUGGGCUUUCAGCAGUGGACCUAUUAAUGGGCCAAUGAGAAGAAAGAAUGCUAGACCGACACGGGAACGACGCUCAAGGAGUCCUCGGAGGAGAUAUUGACUUGGUGUGCAGUGUUUGGAUGAUUUUUGCAGGCCUUAAUGAGCAAAGUUGGUUUAUUUUCGGUCAAUUCGUGACAGAUUUUCCUGAUACUUGUUCUACUUUUGAGUUAAUAUCUUUGUUGGUGGUUGCGAAUUUGUCUUUCAAGCGUCCUUUACCGGAUUGCUCGAGCUCAUCUUAGUCUAUGGUGGAUCAUGUAUAACAUUCCAGGAUUACAAUGUAGUGAUGUGUUCUGGUGGUGGUUAUUAUUAUUGUUAUAUGCAAUGAUAUUAUGCUUCAGGAA